CGCCCCCGCGCAGUGCGGCUGCGCCGGCGUCUCAGGUUCAGAGGCCCGGGCGCCGCGGCUCUUUUGUUUCCCAGCCGGGCCGCGAGCGGUACUCGCGGUCUGAGUCGCGUCUAGCCGGAGUCGGGCCGAGUCGGAGCCGGAGCCAAGUGGAGUGGGAGCCAGCGUAGGAGCCAGCUCGGCCUGUCCGUCCAGGAGUGCGCCGGCGGACCCCUGCGAGCGCGGCGCACGGCCCUCCCUUCGGCCCGCGGGGCUGGGACCCGGCCCGGGCCUGCCCGAUGGGGCGCGCGGCCCCAGCGAUGCACUCGCGCCCCCGGCCCCGCGCGCCCGGCCCGCCCUCGGCCCGCGCCUCCGCCUGAGCCCCGCGCCCGGCCCGGAGACCCCCGGCCUGCACCCUUGGUCUCCCCGCGCGAUGGAGCCCGGCCGCGGCGGCGUGGAGACCGUGGGCCGCUUCGAGUUUUCCCGCAAGGACCUGAUCGGCCACGGCGCCUUCGCGGUGGUCUUCAAGGGCCGCCACCGCGAGAAGCAUGACCUGGAGGUCGCGGUCAAGUGCAUUAACAAGAAGAACCUGGCCAAGUCCCAGACGCUGUUGGGGAAGGAAAUCAAAAUUCUCAAGGAGCUGAAGCACGAGAACAUUGUGGCACUGUAUGACUUCCAGGAAAUGGCCAAUUCUGUCUACUUGGUCAUGGAGUACUGCAAUGGUGGUGACCUGGCCGACUACCUGCACACCAUGCGGACCCUGAGCGAGGACACCAUCCGGCUCUUCCUGCAGCAGAUUGCUGGUGCCAUGCGGCUGCUGCACAGCAAGGGCAUCAUUCACCGCGACUUGAAGCCGCAGAACAUCCUGCUGUCUAACCCUGGGGGACGACGCGCGAACCCCAACAACAUCCGGGUCAAGAUUGCCGACUUUGGCUUCGCCCGCUACCUGCAGAGCAACAUGAUGGCGGCCACGCUGUGCGGCUCCCCCAUGUACAUGGCUCCUGAGGUCAUCAUGUCCCAGCACUAUGACGGGAAGGCAGACCUGUGGAGCAUCGGCACCAUUGUCUACCAGUGCCUCACGGGCAAGGCCCCGUUUCAGGCCAGCAGUCCUCAGGACCUGCGACUGUUCUACGAAAAAAACAAGACACUGGUCCCUGCCAUCCCCCGCGAGACCUCGGCUCCCCUGCGGCAGCUGCUCCUGGCGCUGCUGCAGCGCAACCAUAAAGACCGCAUGGACUUCGAUGAGUUUUUCCACCACCCUUUUCUGGACGCCAGCGCCUCUGUCAGGAAGUCCCCGCCCGUGCCUGUACCCUCCUACCCGAGCUCAGGGUCCGGCAGCAGCUCCAGCAGCAGCUCCACCUCGCACCUGGCCUCUCCUCCGUCGCUGGGGGAGAUGGCACCACUGCAGAAGACGCUGACCUCCCCUGCAGAUGCCACUGGCUUCUUGCAUGGCUCCCGGGACUCGGGCGGCAGCAGCAAGGACUCCUGUGACACUGAUGACUUUGUCAUGGUCCCUGCUCAGUUCCCAGGUGACUUGGUGACCGAGGCAGCCAGUGCCAAGCCCCCGCCCGACAGCCUGCUCUGCAGUGGGAGUUCGCUGGUAGCCUCUGCCGGGCUGGAGAGCCAUGGCCGGACACCAUCCCCAUCCCCGUCCUACAGCAGCUCACCCAGUCCCUCAGGCCGGGCUGGCACCUUCUCCAGCAGCAGGUACGGCGCCUCGGUCCCCAUCCCCGUCCCCACUCAGGUACACAACUACCAGCGCAUCGAGCAGAACCUACAGUCGCCCAGCCAACACCACACCCCCCAGUGCUCUGCCAGCCGCAGGUCGGGUGGCACCAGCCCCCUGGGCUUUGCCCGGGCGAGCCCGUCACCCCCAUCCCAUGCUGACGGCGCUAUCCUGGCCAGGAAGUUGUCUCUGGGUGGGGGCCGGCCCUUCACACCAUCCCCACAGGUGGGAACCAUCCCUGAGCGGCCUGGCUGGAGCAGGGCACCCUCUCCGCAGGGAGCUGAGGUGUGGGCUGGCAGGUCCCCGAGACCAGGCUCUUCUGUGCCGGAGCACUCCCCCCGCACCCCUGGGCUGGGCUGCCGCCUGCACAGUGCCCCCAACCUGUCAGACCUGCGUGUCAUCCAACCCAAGCUGCCCAAGCCCCCCACGGACCCACUGGGAGCUGCCUUCAGCCCCCCGCAACCCAGCCCACCACCGGCCGCUUCCGUGCUGCAGUCCUGCCGGCUCACCCCACGCGGAUCGCCCAAGCUUCCCGAUUUCCUGCAGCGGAAGCCCCUACCCCCCAUCCUUGGCUCCCCGACCAAGGUCCCCAGCUCUCAGAACCUCUUGGCUCUGCUGGCCCGACAGGGCGUGGUGGUGACACCCCCCCGAAACCGGACGCUGCCUGACCUCUCAGAGGUGGGGCCCUUCCAGGGACAGCAGCUGGGCUCUGGCCUGCGGCCAGCUGAGGACACCAAGGGCCCCUUUGGCCGGUCCUUCAGCACCAGCCGCCUCACGGAUCUGCUGCUCAAGGCUGCAUUUGGGACGCAGGCCUCAGACUCGGGCAGCACGGACAGCCUGCAGGAGAAACCCAUGGAGAUUGCACCCUCUGCUGGCUUUGGAGGGAACCUGCACCCAGGAGCCCGUGCUGGGGGUGCCAGCAGCCCUGCCCCUGUGGUAUUCACAGUGGGGUCACCUCCCAGUGGGACUACGCCGCCCCCUGCGCCCCGCACCCGCAUGUUCUCAGUGGGCUCCGCUGGGUCCUCUGCCCGCCACCUGAUGCCCGGGGCCUGUGGGGAGGUUGCCCCCGAACUCACUGUUCCCAGCCACUGCUGCAGCAUCAGUGACCCCCUGUCGGCCCACCUGGAGGGGGCUGUGACCUUUGAGGCCCCUGACCUGCCGGAGGAGACACUCAUGGAGCAAGAGCACACGGAGACUCUGCACAGCCUGCGCUUCACACUGGUGUUCGUGCAGCACGUGCUGGAGAUCGCGGCGCUGAAGGGCAAUGCCAGUGAGGCGGCUGUGGGCCCCGAGUACCAGCUGCAGGAGAGCGUGGUGGCUGACCAGAUCAGCCUGCUGAGCCGCGAGUGGGGCUUUGCGGAGCAGCUGGUACUGUACCUGAAAGUGGCCGAGCUGCUGUCCUCUGGCCUGCAGAUGGCCAUUGACCAGAUCCGGGCCGGCAAGCUAUGCCUGUCUUCCACCGUGAAGCAGGUGGUGCGCAAGCUGAACGAGCUGUACAAGGCCAGCGUGACGUCCUGCCAGGGCCUGAGCCUGCGGCUACAGCGCUUCUUCCUGGACAAGCAGCGGCUGCUGGAUGGUAUUCAUGGCGUCACUGCUGAGAGGCUCAUCCUCAGCCACGCCGUGCAGAUGGCGCCGUGGAGCAGCCCAGCCACCCAUCGGGGCCGUCAGUGCCUGGCCCGGCCCAGCUCUGCCCUUGCCUCCAGGUGCAGUCAGCGGCCCUGGACGAGAUGUUCCAGCACCACGAAGGCUGCGUGCCUCGCUACCACAAGGCCCUGCUGCUGCUGGAGGGCCUGCAGCACAUGCUCACGGACCAGGCUGACAUCGAGAACAUUGCCAAGUGCAAGCUGUGCAUCGAGCGGAGACUGUCAGCCCUGCUGUCUGGUGUCUGCGCCUGACCUGCUGCUGCGAGUCCUGUGCUGGGCUCCACGUGCUGCUGGACUGUCCCCACUGGCCCCUGCGCUGACCCACGGCGCUGCGCUGCCGCCUGGGCCCUGAUGGGGCUGUUCAGUGUCCAAGUCCAGCCUGCUGGUUUCCUCCCGCCAUGGGCCACAGUGCAUCCCCUCAGGCCACCUCCCACCUUGCUGGUGCUGGGAGGUAGUGGGCAGGUAUGUGUGGGCACUGCCGCCCUCACACCCAGGGUGAUGCUGAGGACAGGCAGGCCCUGAGACAUUGCUGAUGACUCAAGCCAAAGUGGACUUUUCCAGGCCACUGCCCUUGGCAUCCAGCAAAGGGCACGGCCUCUGGCUCCCAGCCCUCUGGGAACCUGUCCCUUGGACCCCCAUCCAGCUUUGUAAAUCACCAAGCACUUUAUGCAGAAAGACAGAGAACCCAGCCUUAGUGCUGUCCCCGUGCAGGCAGCUGGGAACUGUCUCCUCUCGGUCAGUUGUAUGUGUGCACAUAAGUGUAUAAACUAUACAUAGCCCAGUGUACAUGUGCACAUAAGUGUAUAAAGUAUACAUAUCCCUAUGUGUACACGUGCACAUGUGUGUAUACCUAUACAUAGCCCCGGGUGUAUGUGUGCAUAUUUGUGUAUAUCUAUACAUAGCCCUGUGUGUGUGCCCCUAGGGGCAUCAAUGUGGCUCUGUGCCCACCAUCCGUGUAUUUAAUAUUUUCCUAGGGACAGUGAAACACCAAGCUUUUUAGACCCAAAACAGAUGUAACUUUUCACACUUCUAAAAAUGUGUCUUAUUUUUCUGCAGUUCAUUUUUUCUUUAAAGAAGAAAAUCUUCAGGUGUUCCACAUUAUUUGGGAAGCGUAGGGUGGCUGGGGCAGGCCUGGACUGUUACGCACACUGGAUGGUGGCAGCAGGAGGUGCCAGCCUGUGGCGGCAGAUGUGAGGCCUGCUACCUGCCCUUUUGUGUGUUUGUUUGUUUGUUGUGUGUGUGUGUGUGUGUGUGUGUGUGUGUGUGUGUGUGUGUCCAGAAGGCUGGCUGUCCCACGUCCUGCAGGAUGGGCCGUGCCCAGCUGCCCUCCCCAGCUGGAGGCAGUAGGCAGGUCAGGGUGGGUUUUCUGUGCCACAGAGAGAAAAACCCCAAAUGCAGAAUCCAUGGAGCUUUCUUGUUUUUGUGCCCAGUGGCCACCAGAGCCACCAGCUUACCUUCUGGGUGGGCAUGCACUGGGUACCUUAGCCCUGCCCAAACCUCGCUGAAUGUAUCUCUGAACUCUUGCAGGAGGGCCUGUGAUCUGUAGUGCCCACUUGAGGGUUCAGAGGUCAUGCCACACACACAACACGUUUCUCCUUGCGAUACUUGAAAUAGUGCCACUGUGCUGGGACACAAGAAAAUGCGUCCCCUUCAUGGGGAUGAUGGUCUGUCUUGCCGCCCCUCCGACUCACCUUGCUGCAUGUGAUGUUAGUAUUUAUUGCUUUCGGGCCAGCCGGAGCCAAGGCCACUGGGAGGCCGUGCAGGAAGUGCCUCCCGCCUGUUCCCAGAGACUGCCCGGUGGCCACCGUACAUGUGGCCAGCUGUGUGCUGCGAGCAGCUCCUGUUCACCCCCGGGGUUGAGCUCGGUGCAGCUGUCUGUUUAAUGCGUUUUGUGUGAGUCCCCAUCUCAUCACGUUGUGUAAUGCAGGAAUAAACCUUCGGAAUUGUU